CUUCCUGAUCACCCUCUAAUCGCGACAAUUGUAUUAAACUCGACAAUUCUGUUGUAUGAAAUCAAUAAUUACAUAUAUAAAGCUCUCGAAGGAUGGGAGCGAAACUAUCUGGGUAUAAAUGCCCGCAUAAAGCAUCAGGACGCUUAGUACACAACAUCGGUCGGAGUACGAGAGUGGGUUGUGCAUGAUUCACUAGUGUUCCGCGAGGGAAUAGUGGGCCUCAGAACCGUACAUAUAGGUCAUUCAUGAACGAACACCUCAGCGUCAACACCAGGUUGUGCACACUCACCGUACACAUCGGAUUUUGUUAUUUCUUUUAGCCAAAUUCAGGAAAUAUAGAUGAAAACAAGAUCCGUCUGAUUGUCGACGUCUUCACUUUCUCUUGGGAUGACAACGAAUGGAUACACAAUUACCUUUCUCUCCAUGUCUGGCUCUAACUUUGGUGUCAUUAUUAGAUGACCCUUAAGGCUAGUACAAGCAUCUUCAACCUUUGCCAUCAAGUAUGCCAAUGCAGUGGCCAACGGAUGAGGAGAUGGUCUGUGGACAUGUCUCUCCUUGUUCGUUAAGCCCUGAUGGUUCGCUGGCAGUCGAUUCUCCAAGGGGUGGGUAUAGCCCGUCGGACUCCCCCAGCCUGGUGCUCCUAUCUCCGACACAUGUCCCGGGCUGUAUGCAACCCCGGGUAUCUGAUAAUGACGGGGGGUCAUAUGAUAAUGAGUUUGCACAUGUAACGCCACAUGCCUCAUCUGGUGGACUAGGGUUGGACAAUGAACAAGUUUUGAAUAAGUCCUGUGAUACCUUCAAUGGCGAUGCUCCGCCGUGGAAGAUAAAUGCAUCCAACGAGAGGGGCAAGAACUCGGGUCUUUCAGGUGGCGGAAUACCCACGCAUGGUACUUCAACGACUGUCGGUGCUAGACAAGAUGGUUCGGAUAUAGAAAGAAAACAUCUUGUGCCUUCAAUACAGUCCAAAACAACCAACUGUACAGGCAACAAUGAGUCUUUUCAAUUAAUGGAGGUGACGAAUGACAACCACACUGGUUCAGUGUUUGCUAACUUUGACAGUUUAUCAAGAAAAGGUGACGGUGUGAAACCAGUGUUUUCGGUUCCUCGAACGUCCUCAGGUGGCCCGUGCCAAGUGUGUGGUGAGAAGGCCAGUGGAAAUUUUUUUGGUGCGUUAGUCUGUCUCCCGUGCAAGAGUUUCUUCAUCCGCUGCACGAAGGAGGGAGAACCUGUAUUUGUGUCGCAGUGUGAUAGUCGUUGUGAUGUCUCCAAGCAGGGACGCAACAGAUGCCAGCACUGUCGGUACAAGAAGUGUCUGGCAGCAGGAAUGUCACGAAAAGAAAAACCAGAAGCGGUGGAACCGGGCGAGGGCCAACUUCUCUGUCGGGUGUGCGGGGACAUUGCAAACGGAAUCCAUUUUGGAGUCUACACAUGCGAGGGAUGCAAGAAAUUCUUCCGGCGUGGUCUCCUUGAAUAUCAGUCCUAUGUGUGUAAGGCGGCGAUGUCGUGUUUGCUGAACCCCCGCAACAGGAACAACUGUCGGUACUGUCGCUACCAGAAGUGCCUCAAUGUAGGCAUGUCUAGAGGAGCUAUUAAGAUGGGUCGUCCGAAGAAGCUUGGAAGAGACCACGACGAUCUUUCCAAGAUCAUUGCCAACAGACUGUCAAAUACGACGGUCAACAGGAACACCUUCUGUGAACACAGAGAAGGGACAGGGCAGAGGUUGUCUCCUUCACUGGACGACGUGGCAGUAGCACCGAAAGAUGAACGUGGGAUGCUAACAAUUGGAAGAAGAAGAUCCUUUACGCCUGAUUCUGACUCUUCUUCUGGGAGUGGAGAUGGAAAGACCGCAGAUCAAUGUCAAAAACUUUCAAGAGGAUCCCUGCCUCUCAAAAAGUGUAUUCUCAGAUCUCUUCUCACAGUGGAUGAAGCUAAGAAAGCAAUGUGUGCUGCUGGGACGGAGGAUGGGACUGUCGUGGCUGACAGUGUCGAACAUGAUCUUUCAGUUGCACCUACUUGUCAGGCUCAUGUUAUAACAGAUCCAUCGGAUUCGGGGAAGGGUCACACGACCAAGGAAAUGGGUACUGAAGGUCACCAUAACCUAAACGCCUUUCCUCACCACGAUGCCUGCCAUGUUUCAUUUGUGAAUGCAGCAAAUGAAGAUGGAAGAGAUGUGAUGGUCAUUCGAUAUCAGAGCCAGCAAUUUCAUCCAUCACCUCACUUAAAUUCCCGCAGCCCUUCUUCUCCACAGACAUAUCCUUCUCUUCUUCAGACCACAGAUUCAGAUGAUGAAGCUUCAGACCCGAAGAGAAGAAGGAGGAGCGACAGUGACUCAGUCAGUAACGCUAGCUCACCCGCUGACAUUCAUAUGGACUCCCCUGACACGCAGCAUCAAGUGUAUGAUGAACCGUCAUCACCAAAUAUUCCAAUUCAAAUGGUAACAGAGGACAUUCCUUUAGAUUUAUCAAAUUCGCCUUCCCAAACCAGAGAUUCUGAAUCUGGAGGAAUGAUGGAUGGAUCUCUAAAGUCUGCUCCCCAUUUUCCAGUGGCAUCAUCAAGCACAGGCAGUCACUGUUGGUCUCCUACUUCAAGGAAAUUUGCCUUUCACACCACUCCCCUUACUAGCAGUCAUGAAAUGAACCACAAUGUAUUGGGUAACACUCAUACCUCAAGUACAGACGAUUCUACCAGGCGUAGAGAGACAUGCCCAGAGAAAUCUGCUUCUCCACAUGUCAGUGUUGAACUCUCCAAUAUGCAUGUUCAUACCCAUAAGCCGAGUCUUUCACCAGGAGAUGUUUUGCCUGUGCGCGGAAAUUACUCUCGAAGUGCCAUUAUACAAACUGAUCUUGUUCCUCAGUCACCUUUAUACAACACAACAUCUGAUACUCCCAAGAUAAAACUGUAUCAGAUUGACGGGAAUAUUAUAAAGGAAUUAAACACAUUUUUCCUGGGUUCUGUAAAACUUCUAAAGAAUGUUCGGCAGCGACUUGAAUCAAGCAAUUAUUGGUCACAUCACACGGACCCAAAGUGCACUUUCAGUAACUCCUUUCCUCGACCGUUCGACCACGAGGCCAAGAUGAGAGCCUGUUCGGACCAGUUGGAAUACUAUCACAGAGGCCUUGCCACACAUACCCUACCUCUUUCAACAAAACCAGAUCCAUCCUCCCACCUCAUCCUUCCUGAGGAGCGACACCUGGCGAGCAAACUAGAGACCGAGUACCGGUUCCCCGUCGACCGCGUGUGUCAGUACUGGAGUAGAGUCCCUCCCACUCCCAGAGACAUCCAGAUGUCCAGUGCGCAGCACAAGGCCCUGCAGGAUAUGCUUGAGGCGUAUAUGGAGAUCCUCAAGAACCUCAGCGAGAGUCAUUUGUCACCAGAAGAGAGAUUUAGUCAUAUUGAGGAAUGGCCGGCGUACGGUGAUCUCCCAUUUAUGGAAUAUACAGUUCGCCGUAUUGUGACCUACGUGAAGGAGGAGCUCGUUUUCAUGAGUAAAGUUCCUGGUUUUAAAGAUCUGAACCCGGAGGACCGUCAUUUCGUGGUACAGAAUAUGUGUUUUGCCAACAUCUUGCUCAUUGCUGCAAAGGAAUGGUAUGACGCAAAGACCAAAACGUUCUUUCAAAUGUUCCAUUGGAAACUGCCAGAAUGGCACCCUUUGUACUCCUACAGAGAGCUUGCCUUCCAGCUGGCCGAGAAGGUCCACGAGCUGAAGAUGGACAGGACGGAGGCAGCGAUGAUCUCGGCUCUCAACGUCAUUGCUGCUGAUUGCAGUGGCCUUAAGGAGCCAGAGAAAAUUGAAGGUUCGCGAGACUUCCUCAUAUCAGCUCUGACAGCGCAUCUCAGCUAUAAAGGCGUUGAUCCCGUUUCCAGAAUGAAGGAUAUUUUCAGCCUAAUGCCAAUCUUCAGACUGUGUAGUUUCUGGAAUAAGAAUAUAAGAGAACACAUUUGUGUGUGCAAAAAUGGAGCCCUCGGCAAAAUAUCAUGAUGAGUUGAGAAGAGGAGUUGAGAAGAGCGCCCAUGAUGAGUUGAGAAGAGGCCCCAUGAUGAGUUGAGAAGAGGCCCCAUGAUGAGUUGACAAGAGGCCCCAUGAUGAGUUGAGAAGAAGCCCCAUGAUGAGUUGACAAGAGGCCCUAGGAGGAGUUGACAAGAGGCCCCAUGAUGAGUUGACAAGAGGCCCCAUGAUGAGUUGACAAGAGGCCCCAUGAUGAGUUGACAAGAGGCCCGAUGAUAAGUUGACAAGAGGUCCCAUGAUGAGUUGAGAAGAGGCCCCAUGAUGAGUUGACAAGAGGCCCCAUGAUGAGUUGACAAGAGGCUCCAUGAUGAGUUGACAAGAGGCCCCAUGAUGAGUUGACAAGAGGCCCCAUGAUGAGUUGA